AUGUAUUGCUUCAAUUUUUAUUAUCAUUGGUUUGUGGUUAUCAUUCUUGUUCAAUACAUUGUCGGUAUGACCAUGAAUCGUAGUAUUCUUUCUCAACGAAAGCACGAUAAAAUCAAUGAAUUCAACAUGUUGGUAAAACAACGACAUCGACGAGGACUGAUAAAUCUUUUUAGUGAUCUACAUCAACCUGAAAUCAACGCUCGUGAUAAUGGUGCCAUUUUUAUAAAUAACAAUGGUCCUGAUUCGAAUAUGCAAAAAAGUAAAUGGCUGAGCUUAAUUAAAAAUGAAACAGGCCGUGUUAUUACAGGUGCUGCUGAUCUUUUACUAACUCCAGUUCACUGGCUUGCACACAUGCAUGAUUAUUGGUAA